AUGAGCAGCAUUAUGGACACGUCGGGGCACAACACCUCCACUGCUUAUUCUGAUACGUUGGAUGGAGGUCAGACAGGCGAUAACAACCGCAUGGAGGACCAAACUUCCUUCCUCACCUCACAGCAUACACCGUCCGAGAGAGAUCUUACGGCGGGAUCGUAUUUGAAUGAGGAGCAAUCUCAGUACGAUGACGAGUAUGCCACUGGGUACGAUAGCAGAACAUACAACUCUCGCACUUUCGACACACACACCUACGACACCCGCACCUAUGACAGUCAAACUUACGAUGACUCCUCUUUUCCGCAGUCCCCGCGAUCGGAUGAGUUAAGUUCUACCUUUGCAAGCUUUUACCUGGAGGGCAACGUCGCUCGCAAGGUGAGAUCAGCUUUUUCUUUUUUACAUCGGCCGCUGAUUUUUUGCUCUGUUGUAUUCGCCGGAUCAGGCGGCAUUGGUGCCAUGUGUCGUGUUGUGCAUGCUAUUACGUUGGCUGCGGCUCAGCGUCACGUGAGCUACAAGUCUUCUCCAUUGCAUGAUUUGCACGGCCUGCCGGCAGGUUACCCGAAUGUGCCGGAAUGGAUGCAGCGGGCGCGUCUCGGGCUUCCGUUGAUGGUUGAAGGUUUGGUUAAAAAGUUGCUGUGCGCAUGCGGCGUUCCUGCCCUCGCUGAUCUACAAAAGGAUCGCUGGGCCGGCGCCCUCGGAAGCCUUGAGAGUGCCAAGAAUGAGAUUAUUUCUCAAACAACGCAUGUGAUUUCGGGGCCGAUGGUGCCGCUUGUACUUUUCCUUCCGUUACUUUCCUUCUCCGCCAUUUCCGUUGCUCGCGGCAUCGUUGCCCGGCGACAGGCGCGACUGGGGGCGGCGGAGGUGGGGGAGGAGGAGGAGGAGGGAUUCCCUCCCUUGGUCCUCGACGGGGACGAGAGAGGGGGGCCAUUUUUGCGUAGUUCCGAGAUCUCGGCCGUGCUCGCGGCGGAAGAAAGCAACUUCGCCGGCGCCGAAGAGGAGGAGGCGGAGACGCUGAAGCAUCCAGUGCAAUUUGGGGCCAACGGCCACGCGGCCGAGGGAGCGACGUCGCUGCCUGCAGCGGUGAGUGUGCGGCCUUUUCUGAAGAAGGACACCACCGGCGCGCGGUCCCCCUCGGAGGACCCCACAAGCCCCAACACAGUGCCCACCUCGCGAGAUUUGUCGCCAGUCCCUCUGGUGGACGCCGACGCAUUGAAGGCGACGCAGGGAAGUGGUGCCAACGGCGCCGGAUCUCCGCCUUCAGCUCAACGACUACAUCCGCAGCCGCCCAACGCCGCACCAUACGCGCUUAGAGGGGAUGUUGUAGCCGCUUUGAUAGGAAAUCCCACGGCGAAGGAGAUCAAUGUGCUGUUGAUUGCCGCCUCUCGAUAUAACUGUAGACGCGUGAUUGUGCCGGUUCAAGUGCCGGCGUCAGCCUUAGUGUCUGUGCCACCGUCCCUGACAAUAGAGCGCGCGGAGGACGUGAUGCAGGAGGUUAUGAGUGUGGAGGAGCCUCGUGGACUCACCACCGUCGCCGUAUUUCUUCGCCCCGUUACCGAGGACACUGUGGAGCUUUCACUCUUUCGGCACCCGAGUGCGGCGGUGUAUGUGUUCGUGGCGGCGCACGGCGUUGAGGAGGACGUUGUGUCCCACUUAGUUGAUCAGCGCAUCUACUCCACCUCCUCCCUGGAUGAGCCGAUCCCCGCCAAUGCGUGCUUCUACGACCGCUCAGUAAAAGAGAGGGACGGCACCAUUGAAGUGGGGAGCAGCGGUGUCGGUGCUGGUGCCGGUGCCUCGUGA